AUGGCAUUCAGCUCCCAGAGCGGAGCUGGCUUGAGCACCCUUAGUCUUACUGGUGGGACGGCACCCAUCGUAGCAGGGAAUUCGGCUAUGUCUUUGUCCUUGGGGAGUAAGUAUGGAGGAGCAGGGGGGUAUGGCACUUGCAUCUCCAACUCAUUUUCGACUUCCAACUUUGCUUUGCCCGGCGCAGAGUUCAGCCUGCAUGCCAAUGAGAAAGUGAUGAUGCAGAACCUUAAUGACCGCUUGGCAUCCUACCUUGAGAGGGUACGUUCCUUAGAGAGUGCUAAUCAGAAGCUGGAGUUGCAAAUUAAGGAGUUUUAUGAGACCAGGGCUCCUGUCCAUGGAAAAGACUUGAGUGUCUUCCAUAGCACCAUCGCUGACCUCCGCAAACAGAUCAUGGCACGUAUCUUGGAGAAUGCUCAGAUCAGUUUGAAAGUGGACAACGCUAAACUUGCAGCCAGUGACUUCCAAAUGAAAUAUGAAACGGAGAAGAACCAGCGUUUGGCAGCGGAGGCUGACUUGACCGGACUUAAAGGGGUUCUGAAUGAAAUAAACGUGGCCUGUGGAGAUCUUGAGAUUCAGGUCACUGGGCUCAAGGAUGAGUUGCUCCUCCUGAAAAAGAACCGUGAAGAGGACAUGCUCAUGGUAAAAGAACAGCAAAGCGGCUCUGUGAAUGUUGAAAUGGACUGUGUGAGCUCAGUGGACCUCAGUAAGGUUCUCCAGGAGAUGCGGGAGCAAUAUGAAACCCUUGUCCAGAAGAAUCGCAGAGAGGCAGAACAAUGGUUUCAGUCUAAGGUGGAAGUCCUGCAGAGCCAGAUGACGACUAGCAGCACAGAGAUCAAAACUUCACAGACAGAGCUGACUGACCUCAAGAGAACCUUCCAGAACCUGGAGAUAGAACUGCAGGCACUUCUAAAACAGAAACAAUGCCUGGAGCAGAGUUUAGCAGAGGUGGAUGGCCGGUAUGGGAUGAAGCUCAGUGAGCUGCAGUUGCUGAUAGACCGCCUGCAGGGGGAGCUGCAGCAGGUGAAAUCCAGCAUGCAGCAGCAGGCUACUGAGUACCAGCUGCUGCUUGAUAUUAAAAUGAGACUGGAGAUGGAGAUUGCCGAGUACAGGAGACUGUUGGAUGGAGAGUGGUCUGCGACCCAUACAUCCAAGACUGUGACAGAGACUGUCAGUCAAACGGAGGAAGUCGAGGAAGAGGAUGAGUACAACCCUCACAUCCAGAGACGGGUGAAAGUGAUUGUGGAGGAGCUGGUGGAUGGAAAAGUUGUGUCCACUUCUGUAGAUGAGAAGAUUCAGGAAGUGUCAGGGUAG